AUGAAGCUUUUGUUGUCCCCGUCUUCCUCUUUGAAGAGCGGCCCCGGCGCGGCAAUGAUGACCGCGAAACUCCUCCUUCGAGGAAGACGUUCUCAGCAUCAGCAUCAUCGCGUCGUUCGGAGGAUACCGGUGUUGGUUUCAACGUCUUCUUCAGGCAGUACUACUUUUUCUGACAACGAGUGCGAUUGCGGUUUUUGUCCUUCGUGGGGAAUGCGGAUGAUUAAACCUCCUCUUUCUUUUAACAGAAUUCAACAGCAACAGCAAAGCAGAUACUCAUCAUCAUCAUCAUCAUCGUCUACCAAAUCCUCGUCCAACGAUGAUUCUCUUUACGAAAGGAAAAAGUUAUCCUCGAUUGAACCACCAACCGUGGCGAAAGAGUUGGUGGAGUAUUUGAACAAGUCUUGGACGGCAUUUCACGCGACGAAAAACGCGGAAGAGAUGCUCAAAAAAGCAGGUUUCGUAAAACUGGACGAGGACAAGAGUUGGUCGUCGUCGAGUUCGAAUUCGAAUUCGAAUCCACCGUUGAAACCGAACGGGAAAUAUUAUGUGGUUAGGAAUCAAAGUUGCAUCGUGGCGUUUUGUUUGGGUGGAGAGUACGUCCCGGGCGAUGGGUUUCACAUCAUCGCCGCGCAUACCGAUUCGCCGUGUCCCAAACUGAAACCAGUCUCCAAGCGGAAAGAACGCGCCGGGUGCAUAGGCGUCGGCGUGCAACCGUACGGGGGAGGAUUGUGGCACACGUGGUUCGAUAGAGAUUUAAGUGUUGCCGGGAGAGUUUUGCUGAAGAAGAACGACGGUCGAGUCCAAAGCGAGUUGGUGAAGAUUGAGCGCCCGAUCGUGAGAAUACCGUCGCUGGCUAUACACUUGGAUCGAGAAAUCAACCAGUCUGGUUUUAAACCAAACUUGGAGACGAACUUUGCGCCCAUCUUGGCCACGGCAAUUAAAGCCGAACUCGAAGGUUUCAAUAAUAACAGAGAGAAUAAAAACAAGGACGCCAACAACGAUAACAGCAGCAGUUCUAGCGGAGGUGAAACGAUGCAUCAUCCUAUCAUUCUCGCCAUACUCGCCGAGGAGUUGAAGUGCGAACCGGAAGACAUCAUCGAUUUUGAACUCAACGUGUGCGACACGCAAAAGUCUCAAAUAGGAGGAGCGACGAACGAAUUCAUAUUUAGUGGAAGACUCGAUAACUUGUGCUCUUCUUUUUGCGCUUUGAAAGCGCUCAUAGACGCCUCGAAGGAUUCGUCUUUGAAGAAACACAAAGGGGCGCGCGCCAUCGCUUUAUUUGAUAACGAGGAAGUUGGAUCCGUAUCGACAAGCGGCGGCGGCGGUACGGUUAUGAUUGAAGCCAUUAAACGUGCGACUCUGAGUAGUAACAGUAGUAACAGUAGUAACAGCAGUGGAGGAGAGAGUGAUGUCAUCGAACAAUGCCUCGCGAAAUCGUUCCUCGUCAGCGCGGACAUGGCGCACGCCAUCCAUCCAAACUACACGGAAAAGCAUGAAGAACAACAUCAACCGUUAUUUCACAAAGGCGUUGUCGUCAAGCACAACGCCAACCAACGGUACGCGACGACCGCACUCACCGCGUACAUGUUUCGAGAAUGCGCUAAACUCAGUGGUAUCCCUACCCAAGAGUUUGUCGUGAAAAACGACAUGGGCUGCGGAUCCACCAUCGGUCCAAUCGUCAGCGCGCAAACCGGCAUCCGAACCGUCGACGUCGGCGUGCCGCAGUUAUCCAUGCACUCUGUUCGAGAAAUGAUGGGCACCGAAGACGUGGACAUAUGCCAUAAACACUUCUUGGCGUUUUACGAGAACAUUGCCAAAGUGGAUGCCAACGUUCAGAUGUCCAGUUAG